AUGCCGAUUACGAAAAUUAAAGAACAAGAAUUGGAAAUAGACUUACGAAAUGACAAGUUUCCAACCUGUAAGAAUGAUGAUAUAAAUGACGCGGUAAUACCUACCUUGAAAAAGACCAGUGGCAAUCAAGCAACCGAUUCAUCAUAUGAUGAUAAUGACCAAACAUCAGGCUUUGGGUCUCAAGCUACGUCCAAUUUUGGUCCGGUAAAAGAUCCAAUAUUGUGA